AUGGAGGGGGCGGAGGCGCCUUUGGUUCGGCCCACGCGCUCGGCGACCGGGGACGCCCUGAAGAGGCGCGAGAACAGGAACGCCCUCAAAAUCGCUGCACCUCCCGUGUUUGACUUUGCCGCAGCGUCGCCAUCGCCGCCGCCUUCUCCCUCUGCUGUCCUACGAUCCACACCACCACCUGCUGCUGCUGCUGCUGCUUCCUCUUCUUCAUCAUCGUCCUCUUCCGCACCAUCACCAUCGUCGUCUUCGUCUUCUUCUUCUUCGUCGAUCACGUCGCCGCACUGGCUGCACUUCUUCCAUGACUUCCCGCGGGUGGCGCUCAAGUCGGAGGCCGCCCAGCGGUUCGUGCGCACGGUGGGCGCCAAGCAGGUGCAGGCCGACUACCCGCUGACCCGCCUGCUCGACGUCGAGCCCUCCACCUCGGCCACCGCCGGGGCAAAGUCGGCGGGCCAGAAGUACCUGUUCACCGCCGAGUGGCGGCACAAAGGCCAGCGCGCCUCUUCCACUUCAUCGGUCGCCACCGCAUCGGCCGCCGACCACUCGGGCGAUUGCGUGGCGCUGAAGGCCGCCAAUGGGGUGUACUGCAGCGUCGAGCGGAAGGACGGCUCCUUCAGCCUGGCGUCGGUGAUGACGCCGCGAGACACGGAGCUCUUCACCCCGGUGCCGGUCGGUGACGGCCGCUUCGCGCUGCGCAGUGUUUACCGAACCUACGUCGGACUCGGCGAGGAGAGAGGCAAGAUCGGAACGAGCGUGGUGGCUCGGCGGCUGAACGAGCCCACGCCCAACGAAACCUUCGGUCUGGCGAUCAAGGUGGGAGUGCGGCUGGUCGGUUCGGGUCUCAUCUGCACGUGCACCAAGGCGGGCAAGUUCCAGGCGAUGGGCGGCGAGACGCUGGGCAAAUCCUCGUGCUUCCUGCUCGAGAUGGGCCAUCAGGGCGCCGCCUUCCUCACCCCCAACAAACGUUAUCUGUCGGUGGAGAUGGACGGAAGUGUGAGCGCCUUGGCGAGGACGGCCGGACCGCAGGAGAUGUUCACCCUCCAGCCGCACGAGGACGGCGAGUACAGAUACUACAUCAAGACCUGGUACGGGUGCUACCUCCGGUUUAGAGGCGGCCGAAACAAGGCGGGCGACCUCAUCGGCGAUAAGAAGACCAAGGAGGAGGCCACCUGCUUCCAGCUGAUCCCGCUGGGCGUGCCGGCCGAGGAGUUGGAACAGCGGAGCGUGUCGUCGCAAAUCAUCUCCGCGUUCCAGCCCAGCAGCGCCGACGAGGGCGAAGAGGCCUCUGGCCAAACCGUUCUCAAACAGGACAAGCGGCAGCUGCGCCAGCUCGUGCGCACCAACACUGCACUUUCCCUCUCACGCAUCGCCGCGGCCAUUGCGGAGGAAACCGCGGCACCGUCGACCAGCUUGAACGACCACCUGUGGCCCGGCGAGAAGCUCGUGCUCACUCUCGAGGACAUGGCGUUCCUCUCCAAAGGGACUGGUCAGCUGGGCACCGUCUGGCUCACAAAUUACCACGUCAUCUUCCGUCCUCAAGCUGCCCACACAACGGACGCAUCGUCUCGUACGGCACGAGGCUGGCGCAUGGCACGGGGUUGGAAGAUCAGCCUGGGCCACAUCUCUCAUGUCGAGGAGGAGGAAGCGCAGCUGGGCGGAAAGUACUUCCAGUUCAACAUUCAUCUCAAAGACUUCAACAUCAUCCAGCUGUCGACGCUGCCCGGGAGUCCCAAGCCCGCAGACCACGCGGCGAUCGUGGUGGAGAAGAUCAACCAGCUCUGCUUCCCCGAGAACCCCCUCCAAUUUGUGCCCUAUCUCCACAAGCAGGCGCUCCUCGCCUCGUCGGCGCCUGGGCCGGCCAAGGAUUCCGACAGCGGGCAUGUCGUCUACGACCCGCAGACCGAGUACACCCGCCUGGGGCUACUUACCCUGAACGAGGGCGCCGGCGAUGGCGGCGCCUGGCGACUCUCGGCGGCGAACGCGGACUACGCCCUCUCCGAAACCUACCCCAGUCACAUAAUAGUGCCUCGCGUCAUCACCGACGAGGCGCUCAAGGCGUCGGCCGAGUACCGCAGCAAGGGGCGCCUUCCUGCCGUGGUGUGGCGCCACCCCGCCACCGGCGCCGUACUCGUGAGCGGUCUGACGGGAGUGACGUGCAAGGAGGACGAGUCCAUCGUCGACGCCAUUCGUCUCUCUUCCUUUUCUCCAGUGAUCACUGCCUCUUCUUCGUCAUCAUCGCCCGCUUCGUCAUCCACUUCUUCCUUCGUGUCGCCACUCUAUACUCCACCACCAUCUUCGUCGUCAUCGUCUUCUUCGACCCCGUACUCGGCUUUCCCGAUGAUGUCGAUGAUGGCGGCGUCGGUGGCCUCCACCGUAUCGGCCACUGCGACGGCUUCGACCCGCCGACCAUGGACCCCGAGCGGCUCCUCCGAUCGCUCCCGGGCCGCCGCCAGCCUCGAGCCCAGCAUUCAAAUCAUGGACGCCCGGCCGUUGAUGAACGCGCUGGCGAACCAGCUGGCGGGCGCGGGAAUGGAAAAGACCACCAACUACCGCAAGGCCAAGCGCAAAUUCCUGGGCAUCGAGAACAUCCACGUCAUGCGCGACGCCCUCUAUCGCGUCGCCAAACUGCCCUUCGUUUAUCUGUCCGAGGCCGGCGCGACGGUGCCCGACUUUGCCGUGUGGCUCUCGCAGCGCGAGGAGACGGCCGGGUGGCUCUCGCACGUGUCUCUGCUGCUGUCGUCAGCCAUGCAGAUCCUGGAGUGCAUGCAGGGCGGCACGACAGUCAUCAUUCACUGCAGUGAUGGGUGGGAUCGCACGCCGCAGCUCACGUCGCUGGUGCAAUUGCUGGCCGACGACUACUAUCGCUCCAUUGAAGGGUUCAUGUGCCUCAUCGAGAAGGACUGGCUUUCGUUCGGGCACAAGUUUGGGGAGAGGAUUGGACACGGCGAUAGCAACCACAAAGACAAGCAGCGCUCACCCAUUUUCCUUCAAUGGAUCGAGUGCGUGUACCAGUUGGUGCUGCAGUUCCCGGCGUCGUUUGAAUUCGGCGAGAGCUUCCUGCAGGCGAUCCUCGACCACUCGUACUCGUGCCUCUUUGGCACCUUCCUCUUCGACUGCGAGUCCGAGCGCGUGCGCGAACGCACCGCCGCCGCCACCCACUCCCUGUGGACCCACCUCCUCGACCACCGAAGCCUCUACACCACAGCCAACGCCCAACUCCCACCAUCAAGCGACAACCACCGCACCAGCGGGCGACCCCAAGAACCCCUGCGGCCCAGCACCAAGGACGUGCGGCUCUGGACCAAGGCCCACUUCCCCCUCUUCGAGCCCGACAACAGCUGA